AUGGCAUCGACUUCGAGAACUGCAAAGAAAAGGAAAGUUUCUGACGAAGGCAGAAACUUCAAAUCAGAUUGGUCUCUGAAAUAUUUCUUCCUAGAAGAGAAAGGCAAACCACUUUGCCUCAUUUGUCACCAGAUUGUGAAUGUAAUGAAGGUAAACAACAUUGCAAGACAUUAUGACACGCUGCAUCGAGCAAAUCAUGGAGAGUUACAGGAUGAGGCUAGAAAACAAAGACUUGACAAAUUAGUAACCGGACCGAAACGUCAGCAAGAGUCAUUUGUGAAACCAACCAUUCUCAAAGAAAAAGCUGUGCUCUCUAGUUUCAUCGUCUCCCGAAUAAUAGCAGAAAAGUGCAAGCCGUUUUCAGAUGGGGAAUUUGUGAAAGAGUGCAUGUUGGCAUGCGCUGAGGAACUAUGUCCGAAGGAAAAACAAAAGUUCGAAGGUGUCAGUUUGUCCCGCCAAACAGUCACCCGUAGGAUCGUUGAUAUGGGCGAUGACAGUAAGGAACAACUCCGAAAUGUAGCAGCAAACUUUGAGUAUUUUUCUCUUGCACUCGAUGAAAGUACGGACAUCUCCGAUACAUCUCAACUGUUGGUGUUUGUUCGAGGAGUAGAUGCCGACUUCUCGGUUUAUGAAGAGUUGGUGGAAAUGCGACCAAUGUCAGGCACCACGACCGGAUCAGACGUAGCAGCAGAAUCAAUCAAGGGCGUCGAGAACCUUGGAUUGCAGAACUCAUGGGGAAAACUCAGUGGAGUUACUACUGAUGGUGCCCCUGCCAUGGUUGGUGCAAGAUCAGGAGCCGUGGCGAAAUUGAUUGAGCAUGCAGAUGAACAUGGUGAGACUGGAAACGAUGGUUUGUUAACGUCUGAACCCCAUGAGAUAAUGCGAUAUCACUGUAUUAUUCAUCAAGAAGCCCUGUGCCCAAAAGUUCUUGGAUUUGAAGAGGUCAUGAGUGCUGUUAUCAAAGACGUUAACUUCAUUCGAUCACACGCACUUAACCAUCGACAAUUUAAGACUGUUCUUGAUGAGUUGGAUGCCCAGUAUUCUGACAUUUGUUACUUCACAGAGGUUCGGUGGUUGAGUCGUGGAAGAGUCCUGGAACGUGUCUUUGAGUUGAGGAAUGCUAUUGCGGAAUUCCUACUUAGUAAAGACCGCGAGUGCCUGUUGACCAAUCCUGAGUUCGUGUCUGAUGUUGGGUACCUAGCUGAUAUUACUUGUCACCUCAACAGUCUCAACUUGGAACUUCAGGGAAAGGCCAAGAACAUUUUGGAUAUGAUUGCCAGUGUCAAUGCUUUCACCAACAAGUUGAAGCUACUCAAACGCCAGUUGGCACACGAGGAUUUCAGUCAUUUCCAUUCACUCAAAUCUUUGGGAAAUGAACGCCGAUCGGUGCAGGACUACGUUGCAUCAAUUGAUCGACUCAUAGAGCAAUUCACUGAUCGCUUCGCUGAUUUCCGCAGGCAUCAAUCUGACUUUGACUUGGUAUCAAAUCCACUUGGAUUUGACGUUGAUGCUGCACCUAAUUGCGUACAACUUGAACUGCUGUCUCUCCAGAGUGAUCAAUUCAUCAAGACAGACUUUCAGUGCCAGGUCAGGAACAGGGAUUUACUUCCAUUCUUACGUGAACUUCCACGAGAACAAUUCCCGAACAUUCGAAGACACGCCAAGAUAAUCUUCUCACUGUUUGGAAGCACAUACCUCUGUGAACAAACAUUUUCUCUCAUGAAACUUACUAAAUCAAAACUUCGAUCAAGGUUAACUGACGAACACCUUGAAGCAUCUCUUCGGCUAAGUACGACGGUUCUGAAGCCUGACUUGCCGAAACUUGUCAAUCAAAUGCAGCCCCAGAAAUCACACUAA